CACACCUUGCGACCCUUACGCAGCGAUCGAACCGAGUGGAAUCUCUCAGCCAAAAUCGCGCCAUGGCGACGUCCCUGCCGUGCCUCGUCCUCAACUACGGCGACAAGCGGCCGAUGAAGCUGUACGGGGCCUCCGACGGCGAGUUCCGGCCGUGCGAGAUCGGCCCGCUGCUAACCAAGCGGAACUGGGCCACCGCGCAGGGCUGGGUGCUCGCCUGGGACCCUGACACCUCCGCCACCUUUCUGUGGGACCCGCAGGACCCGGAGCACGGCCGGGUCCAGCUGCCGUCGUUGGCGCAAGCUCCGCCGUUGGGUUCGGAAUGUGCGUUGUCCGGUGAUCCCGCCGGCCCCGGGGGCUGCACGGUGGUCCUGGCCGAGCCAUGCGAGAGCACUGUCAUCUGGUACUGCCACGCCGGUUCGACUACAGCGGAGUGGGUCAGGCAUGAGUAUGAUCUUGGAGGCAGGUGGGCCGUGCUCGGAGAAUACCGGGAGUGGAUUAAGGAGCACAUAUCCGGGCUCGUGGCGUGCGGUGGCAAAUUUUACUACCCGGUAUCAGACAAGGAUGAGUGCGGUGUGCUCGAGUUCUCACCGGAGCCGGUCUUCAGCACCGUGACGACCAAGGGGGUCAAGCUCACCUUACCUCCGAGCGGGGAAGUGUGCGUGCAUUGGAACCACUUUCUCUUUGACCUGGACGGCGAGCUCCACGCGCUGUGCAUCUUCUUUGCGGGUCUAGACACUAACGAGGUCGCGGACAUCGCCGUCUACAAGAUGGAUUUUGCCGGGUCCAGAUGUGCUAAGGUGGACAACAUCGGUGAUCGGGCAAUACUUGCUAGUGCAAGCAACCAUGCCGUGGGAUGGUGUUCUGCUAGCAAGUUCGGGUUGCUGCCUAACAGCGUGUAUUGGAUGAGCCGAUACGACAAAUGCUUGCACGUGUAUGACAUCGAAACAAGCACCGAGGAAUUGCGGGCGAAAACCAUCACAAAUCGCUGAUCGGCACACACAAGAUACCCACACACGUCACGCCAAAGAGGGGCUCAUCGAGACAGCACAACAACGUCAUCGCAUCACUUCUCCCCUAGAGGCGUCAUCGCCAUCCCAAACUCUGAGAAACGACUCCGACUUCGCCAUACACGAUCAUCGAACCAACCCACACUGAAUAGGCUGUGUGGAGACACAUGAAGAUCAACGCCAUACCUCACCCACCGCGACAAGACAACGCAGCUCCGACACCAACGGAGAGCUGUGAAGGAGAACCAAGCAAGGCGAAAAGAUCAGAUCAGAUUAUUGGCUCUAUUGUCACAAAAUCAUGCACUAAAGUAUUUCUUCACCGCUUUUACAUAUAGCUGAUGAUGAAAUGAAAUAAAAGGUUUGUUUAUAUGAAAAAAAUAUGCAAUUAUACUCCAUGAAUAUUAUAAUGCUUCAAGUUUUUAUAUAUGACUGAUGAUGAAAUAAAAAGUUUGUUUAUAUGUAAUAAUGUUGUGACAUUUGUAAUGCUUGAGAUCAAAUUGUAGUUUGAUCAAUUCAAUGCCCCCUCACCUCUUUGUAGUAGUUUGCACGAGCUUCCCGUUGACUGUACACGUUGGUAUGUACAUUUUCCUUUAUAUCUUAUGAAAUUCCUAAUUUGGUUACAUGUAUCACGAAUGUGUUCUAAAAUAACACAAUUUUUUCA